GGUUCCUUGAAGGCAACAGGAGCAGCUGUAACGUGGGUCCAGUGUGUGUGAGUGUGUGUGGGUGUGUGGGUGUCAGAAAUUGGCGGAUAAACAUGGAAACGCUUUACAGUACAGUGGUGAUAGGGAAAGUGAAAGCAGCACGAGAGUCCCGAGAUGCGUGGGGGUGACUUGCUUGAGGGGCUGAUAGCAGUGGAGCAGGGAUGCUUUGCCGGUCAUGACUGCUCUCAUCUGGAUGCUCGCGUGGCUGCCCCUGGUCCUGCCAGCUAUGAGUAAACUCCCCAAGCCUGUCAACGUCACUCUGUCCUCAGUCCAUUUCAUUCAUGUGCUGAAAUGGGAGCCUGGACCCGGGACACCCACAGGAGUCCACUACCAUGUCAGCGUUUGCACAGUUCGGGGCACUUCCUGGGAGCCAGUGGCUGGCUGCGAGCAUGUCCAGCACCCCCUGGUCUGCAACCUGACAGAGGCCUUCUCUAACCCAAAUCAGUCCUACUAUACCCAGGUUAAAGCAGUGCUGGAAGCACAGGACUCAGAGCCGGUCACCAAACCAGAACAUAAGCCAAUCAAAGACACUCACAUGGAUGUGCCGCUGCUGACUGUGACACCUUGUGGACAAGACUUGUGUGUGGACCUUCAGCCUCCCAUGGAGCACCUUAGGGACAUCUAUAAUUCUCUGCGGUACAAACUCAGGAUCAAGAGCAACAAUGUUGACCGAGCUGAGUACACCAAGUCUUUGAGACGAGUGCCCGUGAAGAAUCUGGCCUCUGGCAGAGAGUACUGUGUCUCAGUGUGCUUCUCAGACCUAGAUGUGCCCAGGCUGUCCAACUACAGCCAGCCUGUGUGUGCUUCCACCCCUGGCCACGUCACCGCAGACCCGUGGAUCUCAGCCCUGUUGAUUAUGUUGGUGGUGUUUGUUUUGGCCGUCGUGGCCGUGCUGGUCUCUACUGGUUUCAUCUGUCUGAAGAGGAGGUCGCUACCAUCAGUCCUGGAAAUCCAUCACAUAGAAGGGCUUGUCGUGGUCGCGUCCUGCAAGACUUCACUGUCGUCUCUCCUGACUAUAAAACCAACGGCGCCCUCUUCAGGCAAAAAGAGGAGCAGCAGCCAAACAUCAGACGAGAGCGAUGCCGAGAGUGAAACGGAGAGCGCUGCUGGGAGCAGAGGAGGAGGGUAUGAGGGUAUGCGGGGGGGCACUAACCUCCUCUCUUCCUCCUCUUCCUCUCCAUCGUUGCUGUCAGCUCCUUUAUGCCCCGAGCCGUCGCCGUUACCGCCGGGCUUCUCCUCAAACCAAACACCAUCAGACUUCUUCAUUCCCCAGCCUGAACCCUCCGCCUCUGCAGAGACACAGUCCCGUGCUGAACUGAAGGAUUCUCUGCCGAUAUCGGAGCAGAGUUCAGACCCCCGUCCUGCAGACCUUUUGACUGUAGGAACAAUCCAACCGGAGAAGGCGGAGGAGAAUGUGGCGGGAGACGGGCGCAGCCAGGAUGUCAACCUCUUCACGUUAACCUUUGGCACGCAUAAGGAGGAAAAUGAGGAGAAAUCCUAUUUGGACGUGGCAGAGGUGGAGACAGAGUCUUCCCCUGCUUCAGAGGUGUACGACACCAUUCCAACUCCUCCCUCACAAACUGUGGACGCCAAGGACGUUUCCAUAGCAACGGUUUCCUGCUCCAACGGCGAGGAGGACGAUGAGGGGGACGAGCACUCUGGAUAUAUGAAGCGUCCAUAGAUGUCCGACAGGACUGAUUAUAGAAAUCUUGCGGUUUUCCAGUUGGAAGUUACUCCAUUUCCAGUCUUUUUACAAUUUCAUAGUUAGGGAUGUACACUUAACGUGUACAUAAAUAAAAUACACUCAACACAAUACACUCAUCUCCCGAUUCGAUUGAUGAUACCAUUUUCCCAGGAUUUAUUUAACAGAUUGAGCUGCAGAUAAGUGACUAAAAAAUAUUUCUUUAUUUCUAUAAACUGUGCAAAACAACAAAUGUGUCCUCUUAUCAAAAGAGACACUCAAAUUGGAUUUAAUCUUACUGGAGUUAAUAAUUCUGAUCAUCACAUGUGACAGACCCCGUGAACUGGAGGCGUUUGUGUAAAAGACAAGUCUUAAGAGCCGUCGGAGAACACUUCACCUCACAGGAAACCAUAAGAGAGAAGGUUUUAGGAUCAAAACUAUACAAUAAUAUAGAGUACUGUUCUUGCAUGAGGCCCAUUGCAUUGCCCAUAUAAUUUACUGUAAAUAGUAGUAAACAUCAGUGCUUCCUCUGCAGGUAAAGGGCAGUCAGGCUACCUCUCACUACCUAAAGAAAUGUAUUUGCUUGGAGUCAGAGGAAAGGUUCCUAUUCAUUAACUUUGGACAGUGAAGGCUGCUAGACAGAAACCUAGAAGCAGCUCGUUAGGACUGAUGCUGGACAUGUACAUCAGCGCCUACUUGAUAGAGGAACUCAUAAUAUUUUCCUUCCGGGACAUGCAGGGAGUUCAUCCCUGGAAUUUUAGGGCAUUAGUGGAAAGGAACUUAUCCACCCAAACCAGUCAGUAGCAGUGGACUUUGCAACGCCGGAUGGCUUUUGUCCGACUAUGCUUUGUUUCUUUCAGUCGGGAGCCAAACGUGUUGCAUCGCUUGGAGACAAGGCAGGACGUUACAAUUGUAGCGGUUAAUGGCACGUUUCGGUGUUGAUGUGUUGGGUAUUUCUCCCUCGUGUUCAGGUCCCCCUCUCUUGGUGGUUUGUAAGUGGAAAGCCACGUAAGUAGAACAGUCAAGGGAGAGAGGGAAAGCAGGUACCUCUUCACAUUCCAUCCAAUACACAUCCAGUGCAUUGUACUGAAUAUCCCUGACUCAUGAUUUACAGCCUGAGAGCGUCUUAAGGCGAUAACCAAACUUGAAAUAUUCUCCUUCAACAUGCACUGAAACUUUGUGAAUAAAGCAAAGGCAGAAUGGUAGUUUGCAAA